CCCCGCCGAGGAUUCUUCAGAAGUUUGUGAGCGCACACCCUUCUUGCUCCGGAUCGGGCAAGCUGUCGCCGCCAGGUUCAGCCCGCAGCCGUGUCCUCCACUAUGACCGAAGUCGAUUCGUUUGCCGAUACGCUCAUCAAGUUGGUGCAAGAGGAGAAGCAGUGCGAAAUCGAAGAGGUCGCCUUUCUCAACUCCAAGUUUCCUGCGACGCUGCUGCAGCGAUAUGGCCUGGCUCUGCUGAACCUCAGAGUCUCAGGACUGCGAACGGGUCUUGGUGGAAAAUGCAUCGUUGACUUUGAGCCCGUUCAAGGAGGAGAAUGCCGGCUCCCCCCUCACAAGUUCAGACCCGGCGACAUUGUCGGCGUCGGCCAGCAAGCAUCGAAGCAGAGCACCAAGAGUAGCUCCCAGAAGGGCGAUAAAGAGCAGCCAGAUAUCAACGCAUCGGGAAUUGUCUACAAGGUCCAGGACCAGAGGAUCACCCUGGCUUUCACCGAUGACUUUGAUGUCGAGUUUGACAAAUUCCGGAUACUCAAGCUAGCCAACAACAUCACAUAUGAGAGAAUGACCGAAGCCAUGAAAUAUCUCAAGCGAUGCUACGGGUCGGGAUCGCAAUCUGUGCCUUUGGUCAGGGUCCUGUUGGGUCUGCAAAAACCAGAGUUUCGGUCCCAGGUCGAGCGCUGCGAGUUCCUUGACGAGAAUCUCAAUGAUUCGCAGAAAGAGGCCAUCCAGUUUGCGAUCUCUGCCGAGCAUGUGGCACUCAUUCACGGUCCUCCAGGAACCGGAAAGACCAUGACCUGUGUUGAAAUCAUCCGCCAGCUCGUCCAGCGUGGAGAGCGCAUCUUGGUCUGCGGGCCCUCCAACAUUGCCGUGGAUAAUCUGGUGGAAAGACUGGCCAAGUGUCGGGUCGAUCUCGUGCGCAUUGGCCACCCAGCUCGCAUUCUGCCCACAGUCAUGGAGCAUGCGCUCGAGAUCCGGAUCAAGACAUCCGACGAGGGCCGCAUUGUCAACGAUGUCCGCAGCGACAUGGACAAGGCGUUCAGCUCGAUCCAGAAGGCCAGAAACAGACAGGAGCGGCAUGCUCUCUAUCAAGAAGUCAAGGCGCUUCGGAGUGAGCUGAGGCAGCGCGAGCAGGUCGUCGUCACCACCACGAUCCGAAACGCCAAAGUCGUGCUCUCCACCCUGAACGGGGCAGCCGGAAAGAACCUCCUUCACGAGGAGUUUGACACCGUCCUGAUCGACGAGGCAACUCAGGCAUUGGAGCCAGAAUGCUGGAUCGCCAUCAUGAAGGCCAAGCGAGUGAUCCUGGCUGGCGACCAUCUCCAACUGCCGCCCACAGUCAAAUCGCAGAAGAAGAAGGACGGCAAGAAGACCUCAAAGCCGGGCAAGCCAUAUGUCCCCACGUCCCUGGAAACCACGUUGUUUGAUCGGAUGCUGGAUCUCUACGGCGACACGGUUAAACGGAUGCUGACGGUGCAAUACCGCAUGCACGAAGCAAUUAUGGGGUUCUCGUCAAAGGAGCUCUACAAAAGCAAGUUGGUUGCCGAUCCAAGCGUCAAAGAAAGGCUGCUGAUGGACCUAGACGACGUCGCGGAGACAGAUGAGACUUCGGUGCCUCUGGUCUUUAUCGACACAGCGGGCUGUGCAUUGUUUGAGCGAGUCGAUGGCGGCAGCGACACAGGCGAAGGCAGCAAUGGAGGCGGCCCUGGCAAGCUCCCCGAUCUCUCGGGCGACUCCAAAUUCAACGAAGGAGAGGCGCAGCUUGUGGUGAAGCAUGUCGAAGGGCUUGUUCGGGCGGGUGUACCUGACACAGAGAUUGCGGUCAUCAGCCCCUACAAUGCCCAAGUGAGCUACCUCAAGACGCUGCUCUCGGAAGCAUACCCGGGCAUGGAAAUCGGAUCAGUGGAUGGAUUCCAAGGACGCGAGAAGGAAGCCGUCGUCAUUUCGCUCGUGAGGAGCAACGAUCAGCGAGAGGUUGGCUUCCUGAGCGAGCCCCGUCGGCUGAAUGUGGCUCUAACUCGGCCCAAGCGACAUCUGUGCGUUGUCGGCGAUAGCGAAACACUCUCGAUCAACCCGUUCUUGAAACGAAUGGUGGCGUAUCUGGAGGAGAUAGCCGAGGUCCGUGUCCCAGAAAUGUACGAAUGAUCGACAGGGCGGCUGAUGGAGGAGGAGGAGGAGGAGGAGGAGGAGGAGGAGGGGGCGAUGACUGAUUGUUGUGAAUAUGAGCGAGUCUGGUCCGUGUCUAAAGUC